AAAAGAUGGGUAGCUCUUGCAUGUUCUGGUUGCAUUCUUUUUGCCAUUUUGGCUCAAUGAACAUAUUUAAAUGACCUUCAUUCUUUCUGUUACGUUAUUGCAGAGGAGAAUAGACAAAUUUCUCUACUUGAAGCAAUCUGGAAAAAGCUACAAUGCGGAAGUUUGUAAUAAGAAGGAUUAUAGGAACCCCGACAUUUUGCUGCAUCCUGUGCAGUAUCAAGAUAUUGAUCAGAUAGGGUCUUGCUUCGGCAAAGAUGUAUUUUAUCCUCAUGGAUAUGACAAAACUGACUACUAUGAUGAAAUAGAGGCCGACAUGAAACGUGAAAGGGAGAGGAAGGCACAAGAAAGUAAGAAGAAUCAAAAGGUUGAAUUUGUGUCUGGUGGAAGUCAACCUGGAGCGGGUUCUACUGCCCCAGAACUUGGCAUGCCUAUUGCAGAUUGUAUAUGGAGGAGGGCAUGGUGUUGUGGCGGAGGAAGAUUAUUGGAAAUCAGUGUUCCCAAACAAUCCGAUGCCAAAGGCCUUGAAAGCUAUCUUACCACCAGCAAAAUAUGAUUGGAGAGUUGAGCGUAUUCACACUUUGCCCGACGGUAACGAGGGGUUUUAUGAUUGGAUUGGUAAAAGCUAUCGAACAGGAAAUGACAUGUUCUAUGAUUGGAGUUCUGAGUCUAGUAACAAACCACGAGGAAGUGGUGAGGAACAAGCCUUUCAUGAUUGGAGCAACGACAAACUGCGAAGAAUUAAUGAGGAUGCAUUCUAUGUUUGGAGCUCUGAACAUAGUAACAAACCAUCAGAAAGUAACGAGGAGCAAGACUUUUACGACUGGAGCUCUGAACAUAGUAACAAAUUACGAGCAAGUAAUGAGGAACAAGAGUUUUAUGAUUGGAGCUCUAAACGUAACGAGGAGCAAGACUUUUACGAUUGGAGCUCUGAACGUGGUAACAAAUUACGAGCAAGUAAUGAGGAACAAGAGUUUUAUGAUUGGAGCUCUAACCGUAAUGAGGAGCAAGACUUUUACGAUUGGAGCUCCCAGCGUAGGAAUAAGCUGCGGGGAAAUGAUGAGGAGGAGUUUCAUCAUCGGACUCGCAAUAAUUUCGCUUCAAUCCAUGAAACUAUAUUCUUCUUCCCAAAGGAUCUCCGCUCCGGUCAGCUGGUGAAUUUACCCGGUCUCACAACAAGCGACAAAACCCCAUUUCUGCAUGAUCGAAUCGCCAAGUCAAUACCCUUUUCAAGUGACAAAUUGCCUGAAAUUCUGAACCAUUUCUCUGUAAAACCUCAAACAAAGGAAGCCAACGUCAUAAACAAAACAGUCGAAGGUUGUGAAAGAGUAGCCAUGAAGGGAGAACAAAAGUUCUGCGCCACAUCAUUACAGUCCUUCAUAGAUUCAAGUAUUUCACACCUCGGGAAACAAAUCCAGCUUCUAUCAACCGAGCUCUCAAAAGAAACCAACAACUCGCUGUUUAUAAUCAGCAAGGGAAUGCAAAACAUGGGAGAAAACGAGCUCGUCUGUCAUAAGAUGAAGUAUCCGAGAGCUGUGUUUUUGUGCCAUUCGAUCGACAAAACAACAGUGUAUAAGGUUCCAUUGGUGGGGAGAGAUGGGACGAAAGCCGAUGCUUUGGCGGUCUGUCACAAAGAUACAUCGGCUUGGAACCCCAAGCACAUGGCGUUUCAGAUUCUCAAAGUUAAGCCUGGAACUGUUCCCAUCUGCCAUUUCCUUGUUAAAGAUACACUCAUCUGGGUUUCUAACUGA